AUGGCUGCCGCGCUAUCGAAAGACAAAAGCAAUGAGAACGAGCACCGCGAGAACGUAAUUGAGGUCAAUCGCAACCAGCUAGAUGAAGAGAUCUUAUAUGAAAGCAAAGGUCUUGCCGGCCUGAUCCGAUCUCCGUAUGUUUGUGGAGCAUGCGUUCUGGCGGCCAGUGGCGGGUUUUCAUUCGGCUAUGACCAGGGUGUCAUCUCUCUCAUCCUGGUCAUGCAGCAGUUUCGCGACUACUACCCCGAAGUCGCACCGGAGCAUCCCCGCUACGGCUUCAACACCGGCUUCAUGACCGCGAUGCUCGAACUAGGGGCCUUCCUGGGCUGCCUGUUCAUGCCAAUGGUUGCAGACCGAUUCUCGCGGAAGAGAGCGUUGGCAGUAGCCACAGUCAUCUUCUGCGUUGGCGCCGUCAUCCAGACCGCAGCCUCGAAUUACGGCGCUCUCGUUGCCGGACGAACGAUCGGAGGCAUUGGGGUCGGAAGCCUUGCAAUGACCUCUCCCCUCUGGAUCUCAGAGGUCGCCCCUCCGAACCUCCGAGGCUCGCUGCUGGUCAUGGAGUCGAUAUCCAUUGUGGUUGGCGCGACGGUCGCUUACUGGAUGACGUACGGGACUCGUCUGAUGGACGGCCACAUGGCGUUUCGCCUCCCCCUGGCUCUGCAGGUGAUUCCUGCGCUCGUGGUGGGUGUCGGGAUCCAGUUCUUCCCGUACUCGCCGCGAUGGCUUGCGAUGCGCCACCGCGACGGCGACUGUCUGCGGGCUCUAAUGAAGCUGCGCCGCCUGCCGGAGACCGACGAGCGCGUCCGGCGGGAAUGGAAGGGGAUUCUGGCCGAGGUUCGGUUCCAGGAGGUUAUGCAGCGACGCGAGCACGGGGUGGACAACAGUGCGUGGGGGUUGGAGCUGAAGGAAUGGAGGGCCAUGUUCGCGCCUAAAUACGUCCGCCAGACCAUCGUCGCGUUGGGUAUCAGCUUCUUCCAGCAGUUCUCUGGGAUCAAUGCGUUCGUUUACUACGCGCCGACCUUCGUCCAGGCAAUGGGCCAGAGCUACGAGACUUCCCUUAUCCUAAGCGGCAUGGUCAACGUCUUCCAGUUCGUCGGCAAUCUCCCGACCUUCUUCUUCCUCGAUCAGAUGGGCCGCCGUCCCAUCGCCAUCUUCGGCGGCCUCGCAAUGUCCAUCCCCCACUUCAUCAUGGCCGGCGUCGUGGGAAAGUACGCCGGCAAUUGGUCCGCGCAUCCAGCCAUGGGCUGGUUCGGCGUUGCCUUGAUUUAUAUCUAUGUCGUCGCAUACGCAGCCACCUACGGCCCCCUAGCAUGGGCCUUACCCUCGGAGAUCUUCCCCAGCCACAAGCGCGCCAAGGGCGUCGGCGCAGCAUCAGCCAUGAUCUGGCUGGCGAAUUUCAUUGUUGGCGUGACGGUGCCGGAAAUGCUUAUAGCGUUGGGGUGGGGGACGUAUUUGUUCUUUGGGUGCUUUUGCUUGGGCGCGGCGGUGUUUUCGUACUUCCUUGUCCCCGAGACGGCGGGGAGGAGCCUGGAGCAGGUUUCGUUGUUGUUUGGGGAGAGGGGUGGUGGUGAGGAGGGGGAGGUAAGGAGGAGGAUUGCUGGGGAGAUAUGGGGGGGAGACGUCAUGGGGAAAGCUUAG